UAGGUGGCAGUGUAGAGUCUAUAAGGAAAAGGAAGCGCUAAUAGCGUUGUGGUGCAACAGCGCCAUUUCAUGAUUCAUUCAUUGUUGUUGAGGCCUACAACACAAUAUUGGGUACACAGAACAUCAUGGUGAAAAUAUUUAUUGGCAAUCUCGCCUGUAACACUACAGCCGACGAGCUGCGUGAACUCUUUGAAAAAUAUGGCAAAGUCACAGAAUGUGACAUUGUCAAAAACUAUGGUUUUGUACACAUGUCCAACAUGUCUGAAGCAGAGGAGGCCAUUCGAAACCUUCAUCAGACCCAGUUGCAUGGCUGGCGCAUGAAUGUGGAGAUGAGCAAAGGGAGGCCCAAGGCCACCACCAAGUUACAUGUCAGCAACCUUGGUGAAGCAGUCACCAGUGAUGUUCUGCGAGCUAAGUUUGAAGAGUUUGGCUCAGUGGUGGAGUGUGACAUAGUGAAAGACUAUGCCUUUGUUCACAUGGAACGAAUGGAUGAUGCCAUGGAGGCCAUCAGUAAGCUGGACAACACAGCCUUCAAAGGCAAGCUGAUGAGCGUACAGCUGUCCACCAGUCGGCUUCGCACCGCCCCAGGAAUGGGAGAUCAUACCGGCUGCUAUGUCUGUGGGAAACAUGGUCACUGGUCGAAACACUGUCCAGUCGGUCGGAACGAUAGCCACGGUGAUGGCAUGAGAGGUCGCAGCAGCAGGGCCCCACCACGGGGUCCCCCCAGUUAUGGCAGGGGCAGCUAUGGAAUGGCCUCAUCUUCAGCAACUGAUUACAUGGGUCACUCUGCAUAUAGUCAGGCUAGUUAUAUAGGUGGGUUGCCACCUCCCCCUCGUAGGCUUAGUGGCUACAGCUCUGAGCUGGGGGAUAGGUACGCUAGCAGAGCAGCAGCCUCCUAUGCUGAGAGGUCAGCUUAUGAUCGUGAUCGUCUCUAUAGCAGUGUUGACUAUUAUGAGAAGUACAGAGCUCGCCCAUAUGGUUCAAGCUAUUUCGAAGCUUGUCGCAUGUCCUAUCUUCCCCCUCCUCCACCUCCCCCUUCCUCCCUUUCAAAACUCUCCUCCAGUAUAGAUCCAUAUGACCGUCGUCCACUGCCUCCACCUUCGUCAGCCGCUGCGUAUUAUGCACGAGACCGCAGCCCGAUCAGACGGGUACCAGUCUCAUCCAGUUACACCUAUGAGCGAACAAGGCUGUCACCAGUGUCAACCUCCAGGAGCUCCUACGCUGUUCCACAACCCAAGGAUCAUUAUGUGCCACGCUAUGCGCCUUACUAAAGCCACGGUGCCAAGGUCUGUUUAUGAACUGCAGGACUUUUCAUUUGCCAUCAUUUCUUCAGGCUACAUUAUUCCAUGAUUCUACGCAGUGUGCAGCAAAACGUAUCAGAUGUGGAAAUUCACCUUGGGGUUUUCUUGGCAUCUUCCAGGCACUUGAGAUGCCAGUUGCCUGCAGAGGAAUUGUUCUUUCAGUCACAUUCACAUAUCCGGUUUCCAGAUGAUUAGCAGACUGCAAUGUUUGACAUUUAUAAUCUAUAAAAAAAAUUAUUUUUCAUACCUGCAGAUUUUCAGUUCAGUUGUUUAGCUAUGCCUUUUUUUCUUAUCUGCAUUUUUGUUCACACGCAGCAAAUUGUUAAGUUCAGCAAAUAUUCAUUGUUUGGCUUCUUGUUUGUUAUUUAGAAGAGAGCUGAAUUUAUAUUUGUGUUAAGGGGCUUGACAGCUACAUACAUUGGUUCCAAGGUUGUGCUGUAGUUGGUGUGCAUCUCCCAUAAAAAUGUAACUACACAAGGCUAUGGAAUUGAGAGAUACCAUGUUGGGAGAGCAACAACUGCAAUUGGGUGCUUGUUUUCCCCUACAUGUUAGAUGCUAGUGGAUUUUCAGAAUGAAGACAAACUUUGGGAAAGUAACGAAAGCCUCUCUGUGGUCUUCUCCUUUUCAAUAACAAACGUCUAGCAAAGCGGUUACACUGCAAACCUGCUCACACUGAACACCAGUCUGUAUGAAUUAACAAGUGUAAACACCACAUCUGGUGAGUGAUCCUCUUGUUUCCCAAUGAGACCCAUCAAAAUAAUGUACAUUACCAGUUGUAACUCCAGUUCUACAAAUCAGCGUAGCUCAGUCACAAAGUAAGAUGAUGUAAACGAAUAGAAAGCCAGAAAUGGCUUGAACAUACACAAUACAUGCUUCUUAGUUCAUACAGUUGUGUGAGUGAAAUCUGACUCUACUGUAAAUCAAAACCUAUGCUGUACAUACCUGUGUCAGGACCCCAGUAACCCCGUAUGCAGACUGUAAAUCCAGCUGAACAUUUCGUGUUACAUUAAUAUAUAUACUUGUUUAUCUUAUUUUUGUCUCAGAUGUGGGCUAAUCCAUUUAUUUAGCUCCUGUCAGUUGCUAGUGGAGAAGAGACUCUGCUCUUCAGCACAUAUCUGACAUUAUCUGAGUUAUAUAUGGAUAAAUAUUUGACAAACCUUUUGUCCCAAAAUUGAUUACGAUUAGUGUCCAAUAAUACGCUGCAUAAGUCUUUGUCCUCUAUUGCACAUGAAUGGACAC